AGAAUUACCAUUGUCUGCUGUGCUCAUGUGCUAUGCUUCAAAAAACCGAGGCUCCAGGCUACCGAGGUUAAACACACAAAAACGGAGCAACAACGAAAAUUUGUGCUAUUCAAGGGUUAGACAACGACUAUACAUCACACACAAGUAGUUGCGUGUGCUCAAUGAGAGAGAAGAGUAUGCAUGCGAUCGCAACAUUAUACGGAGGCAAAGUGACAGACCUCUGACGAAGCAUUAAAAGGCGUCGUCGCCCAGCAAAUCUUCUGGUCGAGCCAUACAAACAGCCUGACAGCACAAAAUGCCUCUUGCUGCAAUAAACUGCCCACACGUUGACAACCAUGGUGACUUGAUAGUAGUUGAAAACAUAAUAGCUCACCAGGAAACUUUUGAUAAAUGUAGUGAAUGUGAACACAAAGGUCCAAACCUCUGGUUAUGUCUACAUCCCGAGUGUCGUUACGUAGGCUGUGCAGAGGGACAGUUUGAUCACAGCACCAUUCACAAUAGAAAAUUUCCAACUCACUCUGUCCACAUGAAUCUUUCAUCAAAUAGGAUCUGGUGUUACUUUUGCCAGAUAGAAGUUCACACUGUACAUGUGCCGUCAAAUCAAUCUGAUUUCAAGAUUUACAGUGAUAAACUAACUGGUGACUCGUCUGUCAACAUAGACUUCAAGCCAGACGAAUAUGAAUUUCAGAGAUUGCGAAAAAAAUACAAGGGUAGUAAUGUACUCGAUGAUAUGGCAAACGCUGAAAGGGGAGAUUCUUAUGUUGAUAAAUCAGAAGAUUCACCAGAUAGCACAGACACAGAUGAAAGUAGAGAUUCUUCCGGAAAGCCCAGAGGAUUGGUUGGUCUUCAAAACAUUGGAAACACCUGUUAUAUGAAUGCAGCGCUUCAAGCUUUGUCAAAUGUACCUCCUUUAACCCACUAUUUUUUGGAUUGCGAACAUAUGGUUUAUUACAUUACUAAAGAUCGUAAGGCUAAUUUAAGUCUGAGUUACAUGCAUCUUAUAAAAGAAAUGUGGAGCAAAAGAUCCUUAGGCUAUGUGGUGCCACAUGCAAUAUUAACAGGCAUAAGAACAGUUCAACCAAUGUAUCGAGGUUAUCAUCAGCACGAUACCCAAGAGUUCCUAAGGUGUUUUAUGGACCAACUGCACGAAGAGCUGAAAGAACACAUAGAGGAAGACCGCGAGAGUCAGGUGCGAUUGAAAAGUGUCUGUGAACCAUCCUCAGAUGAAGAGGAGACCGAGGGCGAUGGUACAGGAUCGAGUCAGUCGGAUGCUGAGUACGAAACCUGCGAUUCAGGUGUAAGCGAGCGGAGCUCGCUCAGCGACGAGGGCGAGCGAGGCAUGAAACGCCGACACUCCCGAAUCAGCCAGCAAGCCGAGAAACUGCGCAACAAGUUCACAAGCCGAAGCAUGAAGAAGAGCAAUGCAAGCUCCCACGAGGUCAAUUUUUUUUCGCGGGAGCGUGGCUCUCAGUCUGGCAGCUCGCCCAUCAAGCACCGAUCGAAAAAACAAAUCAAAACGCGUAGCGUCAUCAGCGAUGUCUUUGACGGGAAAUUGCUGAGCAGCGUGCAGUGCCUCACGUGCGAUCGCAUAUCGACGCGCAUUGAGACCUUCCAAGAUCUGUCGCUGCCUAUACCUAGCCGUGACCAUAUCGACAUGCUGCAUCAGGGCUCGCUCACGCCUCAGAAGGCAAGCCCAUGCACGGACGUUACGUACGUGACCAAUCAAGCAGGCUGGUUCUCCUGGUUUUUCCAGUGGAUGCGUUCAUGGUUCUGGGGCCCAGUCGUCAGUCUCCACGACUGCCUCUCAGCCUUUUUUAGCGCUGAUGAGCUGAAAGGUGAUAAUAUGUAUAGCUGUGAGAAGUGCAACAAGCUUAGGAACGGUAUCAAAUUUUCCAAAGUACUAGAACUGCCGGAAGUCCUGUGCAUCCACCUCAAGCGUUUCCGUCACGAGCUCAUGUUCAGCUCAAAAAUCGCCAACUACGUUUCCUUCCCUCUCGAGGGUCUUGACAUGCGGCCUUUCCUUCACAAAGACUGUGUGUCAAAGGUCACCACUUACGAUCUCAUGUCGGUCAUCUGCCAUCAUGGCACUGCAUGCGGUGGCCACUAUGUCUGCUAUGCUUUAAAUCGAAUCACGAAUCAGUGGUUCGAGUUCGACGACCAGACAGUGACUCCCGUAUCGCCGGAUACGGUCAAGAAUUGCGGUGCAUAUGUUCUUUUCUAUCGCAAGUGGUCGAAUGAGAUGAUCCAACUUCGCGAGAAAACGGUCGAGUUGUUGGACAUAUCGUCCAAGGAUGCGACGGAUUUGAACUUUUUCGUCAGCAGACAAUGGAUCAACCGGUUUAAUACGUUCGCAGAGCCAGGGCUGAUCGAUAAUUCAGACUUUCUAUGCCCGCACGGAGGCGUCAAUCCAUUGAGAACUAAAAUUGUUGAUAAGAUUUGUACACCCAUACCACAGACUGUUUGGGAGUACCUAUGGAAAACGUUUGGUGGUGGUCCCAGCUGUACUAAUUUAUACCAAUGUCCUACUUGCGAAGAAAAGUGUGAAGCAUUAGAAAAGCGUCGAAACUACGAACUCGAUGUUUUCAACCAGCUAAGUCGUCCUGAUAAUCCAACAGCACUUUUCGCUAUAUCAAUGUCUUGGUUCAGACAGUGGCAGAGUUUUGUCAAAGUCAAGGAAACUCUUCCUCCUGGACCUAUAGAUAACAGUUCCAUUGUUGUGAAUAAAAGUGGUCAAACGGUUCUGAAACCAGGUUCUGAUUAUGGUCCAAUACCAGACGAACUUUGGGAAUUUUUUGUAAAUACAUACAGUGGAGGACCUAACGUGAUGAUUCACUCGUGUCAGCGACCAGUGCCUGCACAUUCUAGUUUACCCACACAUUCCAAUACAAAUCUGAAUCUCACAGAUUUGUAUCCUCAAUUAGCUAGGCUAGCAGAGGCUAAAACAAAACAAAUGACCACUGCAAGAAGUACUGAGUCGAUACCGAUGACAGACAUUAAUCCUACUGUUGAGAAUACCAUAACGACUGUGGGUAAUUCUCAACUUGUAACUAAAGAAACAAAUAGUUAAGAAUUUCCUCUUUCUGCUUUAUUGACGUUCGUGUGUCAAAACUUUAUUUACAAUGUCAUGUGUCAUUCUAAUGAAUUCCGGCUGGUUGCCACUGACUAACUAAAUGAAAUGUCAAUUUAUUAAAAAAUAAAUUGUUUUUUACCAAUAUGAUUUAACAAUCCACAAAUUAGUGGCGAUUGAUUUUCGAAUAAUAUGACAAUUUGAUUUUUCUUUUCCUGGUACGAUAAUUGGGCCGAGAGACAUAAUUUUCGUUAUAAAGUACUUUGCAUUACAUUCUAGUAAUUUUACAAUACUAGGAUUUCGUGGAAUUCAUUGAAACAUCAAUCAAUCUAUGAAUAUGUUAUCGACAACGUCAAUAAAACAGCGCCUUUAGUGUUACAAACUUGAAAUCAUAAUCCUCCAAGGCAAGGAGUUUUUCAUGUUGUACACGACAAAGAUUUUUUUUCUUUAAUUGCUUAGAUUCAAAAGUAUUUUAUUCAACUGAAAUUGAACAUUUGUGUAUAUGAACAUAGAACGCUUGUAAAAAUAAGCGAGAGUGAGAUAAAUGCAUAGUAGUUGGCGUCUUUGCCAAAUCAAAAGCGUAUAGUGUACAUAUGUAUUUUUCUGUGAAAAAGAAAAAAAAAACUUUAAAAAAAUGUUUUUCGUCACCUCUCAUAUGGCUUUUACAAGCAAGGCUUGCAAUGGUGCAACAUAAUACGGUAAAUCUGUGAUUUAUCUUAAAGUCAAGCCAGACGAUUUUUCAGCCACGUAUUCAAAGGGAAGAAAGCUUUAUUUAGAAAAAAUUUAGUAACAUAUUUAUCAGCUUUUUGCAUUGGUGAUGAAAUCACAAAUUUUAUUUCUUUUUUUUGGGGUACCUUACAACAAAUUGAAUAAUUAUUCAACAUCUACCGCUUGCAUGAACUUAUAUGUGCAUCUUUAUUAAUGGCAUUUAAGUUGAGCAUUCUAACUGUGUAGCGUAAAACAACGCAUUAUUUGCGUGGGUGUACGAGGAAGAACAGAAGACUGACAAUUACACGAAGAAAAAACACAAAUGCAAUUUAUUUGAGAUACAUUCUCGGCGCUUUUUGUUUUUAUAUGUAUCAAAAAUUACGAUGAAAAAAAAAAAUUUUAAAUAAUGGUACAGUUUGUCAUAUAUUAUAAUAAUAAUAAUGAUAAAAAAUAAAAAAUAAAAAAAUUAGUAACAAAGUAAGGGAAUAAUGCCAAACAGUGCGAAGUUAAACUUUGUAUUCUAAAUGAUAAUGUUUAUUGUGCUAUUACACGUAAGAUAGAAUUAUUACAAAGAGUUUAAAAUGGUGUGGUGGAGAGAAAAAGUUUAUUUUGUUGAGAUAAUACGUUGAUAGUUGUAUUAUUGCAUUGUUAGUUGAUAUUAAUUUAUUUGAUUUACAUAUCGCUUGACAGCUACAUAACUUUAUCCCCAUGUUUUCGAGGAGUAUAUUGUACUCCAUUAUAAAAAAAAAAACUUUUCUCAUGCUACCUUUGACUAUUUAACGAAAAGCAUCGUGCAAGUUUAAACAAAAAAUGUCUCAGCAUACAUUGUAUAUUAAUAAUUAAAAAAAAUUAAAAGUUUUACGGUGUGCAUCGAAUGGAAAAAAACAAAAAAUGACAACAAAAAACAAUGGAAAAAUCGAUAGAAAGCCUACUUCUGGUAAGUUGAGCUGAUAAUUGUAAAAAAAAAAAAAAAAAAAAACUUGUGAAAUCCCAAUAACCCCAUUAUAGUUAUUGCGGCAUGUAACACAACAUGAACAAGCAAAAAGGAAAAUAAAGAUUUUUUCUAUCCAUUAA